UAGUGAGCAGUUGCGCACAGUCCGAUCUGAUUUCUGAUAUUUGAGGCAGCAGUUUUGUGCACAAGUUUCCAGAGUGGGUGUUCAGCGUUUUCUGCGCAACAAGACUUCAGGAAACCAUGACGCAUUCAGAGGGCUGAGCUCUUUUCAGGGGAAUUUGGCAGUCUGAGCCAGUUUACGCGUACUCCUCACCAACCCAAGAAGACUCACCACGGAACGGACUUCAUUUCCACCUUGUUUGGCUGAAACGGGACAACUUUAAGGAUGAAACUUAUCCUGCUCCUUCUUAUCUCCUGCCUCGCCUUGCAGAACGGAAAAGGAGCACCGAGGACAGCUGUGUAUAAGUUUGUGAGAUGCAAUCCUGAGGGUGACCAGGCCAACUGUGUGACUCAACAAGGCCCUGAGAUGCCGUGGAGCUCGGACCUACCUUCCAAGCUGCCUGCUUCCACAGCACAGUAUCUAGAGGCAGAACCUGAGGAGGAUGAAAGUCCACUGGGGGAGGACGAAGUCGAGGAAGAGGAGGAAUCACCCAUGAUGAAUGAGGAGGGAGACCCGCUUGGCAUUUUCCAAAGUGAGGAAGCUUCUGGCUAUGAAGGCUCCGCAGUAGAGGGUCCAUAUUAUGCAGGCUGGGCCACUCCGGCUGAAAGCGACACAGGCUCUGGUGAGGCCUGGGCAGACAUCGUCCAGCUCAAAGGGCAAAAUGUGAGGAGCAUGAGGAAAUUGUUCCCAAGCAGUCAUACCACUGGUGAGGUGAAACCCACAGAGAAGGACCUUGAAGAAGACCACCUUCUGAAGCUGUAGAUGCUUCCACACUGCGAGCAUCUAUUUUAACGACCCAUCGAGUCAGAUAAUAACAUUUAUAUUGCAGCAAAAAAUGGUCACAUAAAGACCAACAAUACAUUUUGGACACUUGGUGAGAUUGUUAACUCUGUUAAAACAGAUUCCAAAUUAAAUAACUGGUCAGUAUAAAUGAUUUUCAACUAUGCUGACUAAUAUAAGUAUUUGUGCUUUCCUGAGAAAAGAAAACAUGCUUUGUAAUACUGCAUAAAAAAAUAAUUUCAACAUUGAAAACACACAAAUGCUAGUGCAAUAAUAUUAUACCUUUGUCUAUGUAUUGCUCCUUUUACCCAGCUCUCACUGUUUUUUGGGGGGGAUUUAUAGGCUAAACAGAGACAUUUUUAUAUUAUUUGAUCCGCCUCCCUCCGAUAUUGUGAUGCUUUACACUUAACCAGGAUGAUAUUGCACCAUAGUCUGGUCACGAUACUGGAUCAGAGAAUUCUGUGUGCAGAGACCCCUCACAAAUCAGUUCAGAUUCUCUUUACAAGUACAAGCUUAAAUAUGUACUAUGAAUAUACAAGCAUUUCAACCAUAGACUGUUUAUGAUUUCAAAGUACUUCACAUUGUCUGGUGUGCAUCUGAAAUGCUGCAGUCAAUAAAGGAUUAUAACAACUUUAAA